GCACGGCACUGCGGGAAGCCAGGAUGGGAGUGCAGAGCCUGGCAGUGGCUUGCGGGGCACUGGCCUUUUGCCUGGCACUCACCACAGCCACCAACCCCGGCUUUGUGGUGAGGAUCACCCAGGCAGGCUUGGACUACGCCCAUCAGCAUGGAAUCGCGAUGCUGGAGAAGAAGCUGGCUGAGCUGACGCUGCCAGACAUGUCGGGUGACUUUCGUGUCUUGCGUGUGGGAAAGGUGCACUAUGAGCUCUCCAGACUGCGCCUUCGCAGUUUCCACCUGCCCUACUCACGGAUUUCCCCUGUCCCCAAUGUGGGCCUGCAGGUUGCCAUCUCCAACGCCUUCGCCGAGCUGGAUGGGGACUGGCGGGUGAAGAUGCUCUUCAUCCGGGACCACGGCUCAUUUGACCUGAAGGUAGAGAAUGUCUACAUCAAAAUCAGCCUGAGGCUGGGCAGUGACACCACUGGGAAACCCACCAUCAGCACCUCAGACUGCAGCACCCGCAUCUCCAAAGUCCGGGUGCUCUUUUCGGGCAAAUUUGGGUGGCUUUACAACCUCUUCCACAGUGCUGUUGAGUCCAAGUUCAAGAAGAUUUUGGAGAGUAAGGUCUGUGACAGCGUGGCUGAAUCUGUGCACAAGGAGCUCCAGACAUACGCCCGGACCCUGCCAGUCACGGCCAAGAUAGACGCCAGGACUGGGAUUGAUUACUCCUUUGUGGCACCCCCAGUUGCUACUGCCCAGUCCCUGGACACAGGCCUGAAGGGUGAAUUCUACUCCCUGGCCCACCGUUCCACUGUCCCCUUCUCACCACUGCCGCUGUCCUUGCCCUCGGAUCACGAUCGCAUGGUUUACUUCGGGGCCUCCAGCUACUUCUUCAACACAGCCGGCUUCGCCUACCACACGUCCGGGGCACUGGUCUUCGAAAUCACGGAUGCCAUGGGACAGAGAGUGGCACCACUUCUGUCCCUGUGCAGGAUCAAGCUCUCUCUAAAGGACUCUGUUGUCGGCACUUUCCAGGUGCGACUGCUGCAGUCCAUAAUGAACAUCUUUGCUUCCGAUAUCCUGCUCCCCCGUCUUAAUGCCCGGUUAGAUGAGGGUUUCCCUCUGCCACUGCCCGACAGGAUACGGCUCCUCAAUACCUUCGUAAGGUUCCACCAGAAUUUCCUGCUGCUCGGAGCAGACGUUCAUUUCCAACCUAAGGCAUGAAGAGAAGGCCAUGAGGGACCUCCAGCACUGAAAAUACCCCCUUGACUCCUUCACCUUUCCCUGCCCCUGGCCCUGCUGCAGGAGACAAACACCACUGAUCUGCCAGUGUCCUGCACCACUGCCCUGGCCUGGACUGUGGCCAGGGGCAGCAGCACCCCCAGGGCUGAACCCC